AUGAAGCGCCUCACGAUCGAUCCAGGGACCUCAGGUCCUCCAACGAAAGAACACACCUAUGUUCCGACGGAGAUGCCAGAAGCAGCCACUACAAAAGUUCAUCCUUCGAAUGCCGAGGAAGACACCAAUGCUAAACUCAUGUUCGUCGGAACCGCGACUACAAUUCUAGAAUGGGAGGGCAUGCGCAUUCUCACGGAUCCAAAUUUUCUGCAUGCGGGCGAUCAUGUGCACCUGGGGCCUGGGGUGAAUGCCACACGACUCACAGAUCCGGCCAUAAACCUCGAAGAGCUCCCCCGGAUAGACGCCAUCCUUUUGUCCCACUACCAUGAAGAUCACUUCGACAAGGUGGUCGGGGACAAAUUAAAGCGCUCGAUACCCAUCAUAACGACGCCGCACGCGAAGAACUGCCUCACGUCGAAGGGAGACGACUCGUUCACGGCGGUCCAUGCCCUGGAUUUCUUUCAGUCGUUGACCGCCGACGUGAAAACGAACAAAAUCCAAGCCGGCCAGAAGCCCAGCGUUAAAAUAACAGGAAUGCCCGGGAAGCAUAUUCCGCCAGGACCGCUUUCCGUUGCCAACGAUAUCCUCUCCGCUUUCGACAACGGGUACCGCAUCUACAUUUCUGGGGAUACGCUCAUGGUCGACGAGCUGAAGGAGAUUCCGGAGCGAUAUAAGGGCCGGGGAAUCGACCUGAUGUUGAUCCAUCUGGGCGGAACGACGAUUCCCAGUCCAAAGAUGCCGUUGCUGAUGGUGACUAUGGAUGCAAAUCAGGGAGUGCAGCUCAUGCAGCUCAUCAAUCCGGAUGUCACGAUCCCGAUUCACUUCGAUGACUACGAUGUCUUCAUGUCACCGUUGUCCGACUUCAAGAAGGCCGUGAAGGACGCGGGAUUGAGUGAUAAGAUCGUCUAUUUGGAUCGAAAAGACCAGUAUAACUUCAAGGUCCGGCAUAGCCUGCAGCCCGCAAGGACGGUGCAGUAGUGGUCAUCGCUAUAGCUGGUUAGCUCUAGUAGCAUUGUCUGCUCACGCACGCUUGCUUCGCUGCCACAAUCCACAUAUUGAUCUAACCAAUAACGUGAAGUUUUGACGUUUUUCAUUCCUGUCGGAUCCCGAGACUGAGGGUUCCUUAUGCCUUUGAGAACAGAUUUCCGAAGAGACGCCCGUCCGCCUGUCCCGUCAUCCUUCAUGCAGUGUUGCGCUUCCUCCUCUCCCAAUGCCUUGUUCCACCACAAUCCCAUCCAUCCUUCACCCACCGCUUAAGUCGAUCGCUUGCCCUUGGGGUUCUUCUUGCCGACGUCGGUGAUGGUGAGCCCUGCAGAACGCCCCGUUAGCUCCAGUCCACUCAAUUUAACCAUCCCAUUCCAAUUGUGCUCUGAACCUCCAUCUGC